AUGCUCAAUUUACCGUUGCAACAGUUCAAGGCUUUCUCCGAGGACCAGCCGUGGUUAUCUCUUUUUUUCUUCGCUGUGGGCUCCCUAUCCAUCGCGAGAGUCGUGUACCAGUCGGUCGUGGUGUUGUUUCAAACUUUCGUCGUCCCCGGUACAAGCCUCAAUAGAUACGGUGCUAGAAAAGGUGCUUGGGCGGUCGUGACAGGCGCCUCUGACGGUAUCGGCAAAGAGUUCUCGUUCCAGUUGGCGAAGGCCGGUUUCAACGUGUUGCUCGUGGCGAGAAACCCGGAGUUGUUGAAGAGUACAGCACAAGACAUUGAGCAGAAAUAUAGCUCGGUGUCCACUAAGGUCCACUCGAUUGAUUUCUCGAAGGAUGAUGAGGCCGCAUACUCGGGUUUUGCAGCUGCGUUGAACGGAUUGGACAUUGGUGUUCUUGUAAAUAAUGUUGGAAAAUCGCAUAACAUGCCAGCCAACUUUGUGGAGACACCAAGAGACGAAAUCAAGGACAUUGUUUCUAUCAAUGUGAACGCGACGCUGCGAGUCACCUAUGAAAUUCUCCCAGGUAUGGUUCAAAGGAAACGAGGCUUGAUCCUCAACAUUGGUUCAUUCGCAGGCGCCAUCCCUUCGCCAAUGCUCGCAACCUACUCGGGCACCAAAGCGUUCUUGGCAACAUGGACAAGCGCCCUUGCAGAGGAAGUCAAGAAGGACAAUGUCACGGUCGAGCAUGUAAACACGUACUUUGUAGUAUCCAAACUCUCCAAAAUUCGCAAGCCAUCCCUCUUCAUCCCAACUCCUGCUUCGUAUGUCCGUGCGGUGCUUUCCAAGAUCGGCCUCGCGUGUGGGGCUGCUUUCGGUCCCAUACCCAGCACUUCUACUCCCUUCUGGGCGCAUGCACUCAUGCAUUACGGUAUUACUCUGAUCAACUCACCCAAGUUGUUCAUUGAUUACACGCACGGUUUACACAAGGACAUCAGGAGGAGGGCGUUGAAAAAGCUGGAACGAGAGGCGAAAGCCCAGUAA